CACUACCUCGACUUUCGACCUGAAUUUCUCGUUGAAAAAAGGCGAGGAGACGAUUGACAGCGGGUUUGCGGACAUUAUGCGGCAACUGAUCAAGGAGCGCCGGCGGGUGGAGAGAGAACUGCAAAGCCGACACAAUCGCAGUGGCAGUUUCAGUGGUUACAACUACCACAGCGCGGCCGCAGGAGGGUUGUAUGCAAAAGCUGCACCGGAGAUGCUGAUUUCCGACGUGUGCGUUCUGCAGCCGGUGGAAGCAGUGCAGAGCAGCAGAAUGCUAUCCAAGAAAAAAACGUUUUUAAUGUAAAUUUGUGAUGCGCAACAUGCAAGAUGAUUGCGUCUGUCAUGCUUGGCAUGCAUCGUAGGGUCCAUUACAGGUCGUUUUCGCGACGUGCUAUCUGCGCAUGACAGGUUUUUGCUGUCAUGCCAGGCAAAUUUGUAAUGCUGUUCCUCCAAAAAAGUUACAUCUACAAUGUUUUUUUCUUGGAUAAAUGCUCUGGAACAAUCCGAGAUGCAAAGUUGGUAAAAAUGGAACAGCUGCGGGGGCGGAAGCAGAUCCGCGCAGCAGCUGCGACGGCAUCAGUGCGUGUGAAGUAGAAGAUUAUGCUGACGUGCAGCAGUUCCGGUUUUCCCACCCGAAGCGACUGCGUUGCCGGUUCCGCAACCAGGUGACGAUUUACAUCUACAUCAACUUCGACAUUGGCGUCCAGAGAUCCGAGAAAAUCCGGAAAGUGUGCGAGAAGUCGCACCGGGUGAAGAAGUUCUUACUGCUGCUGAAGAUCUGGGCGCGGUACGGCUGUGUCGGCAACGGCCUGAUCUUGUCUGGAGAUACGGACGUGAAGGAGUCGUCGAGAAAUUCGUCUUUUCGGCCGGCCGUGGACAGUGGUUCUACUUGUAAUGAGCAGAUGAUGAACUGCAACACCUCCUGCAGUUCCACCUCCUUCAAAGGCACCGCGGUCCCCGCUCCUGGCGCGGUAGGUGGCGGGGGACAUGGACAUGGCGGGCAGCAAAAGGGAAGUCUCGUUUUGUUUCCGCCGUAUGCGUUGGAAAUUAUGGGCACGGUAUUUGCGAUGCAGCACUACAACCUGUUUGGUACUUCUAGGUGUAGUUCGAGUAGUACUCCUUCCUCUUCCUGCUCUUCUUCAAUAAAUGACACGGACAAGACACAGACCGCACGAGGACCACGACAGAAGGCUUCCUGGUUUCAGCUUUUGUCGGCGUUUUUCUGCUACAUUGUUGACCGGGGGUUCCAAAAGUUACCGCUGGGACUAGAUUCGGCGGGAUUGGGGGCUUUUCUGGAGCAGGGUUGUGACGAAAAUGCUGUGUUGGAGGUGAAUCAUGAACAACAUGAUCCUGAUGCUCCUCAAAAGCGAACAAAGCACCAGCGAGCCAGAAAAGUUGUGAAGAGGUAUUUGCACGUGCAAGACCCGGUGAGCAACGAAGUUUUGGUCCUCUCCAGCAAGAGCAAAUUCUACCGGCAGUUUGAGUUUAUGGCAAAGCAGUUGAGCCGGAUAAAUGUGCAGGACUUUGCCAGCCAGAAGUGUCUGAGUGCGUUGUUUUUGCCGAAGGAAUUUUCCGCGUUGGCGACAAUAGAGAAAGAGCACCAGCAAAGGAGUCUGAGUCAGACCGGCAGGAGGAGUCCUACAUCGCGGGCGUGCAGUAUUAUAACUGUUUCUACACCGAGCGAUCUGACGUUGGCACCACUUGUGGAACAACAACAAACGGGCAGGAGUGGUUCUAAUCACAGCAAGAACUUCUACCAGGAGCAGCAACAGGAGGUGGAACUAAAAAGUGGUCAAGUGUUUGAGGCGACGGCAAACGUUGGUGGUAACCACCUGGGGACGACGACAAGCGCGCAACAAGGAGACGAGCAGAAGAAUGGCGACCAAGAGAAGGAGCCCCGUUGUUCCCCUCUCUCGACCAUUGAAGAGCUUCGCUCACAGCUGCUUCAAUCCGGGGCUGGGCAAGGGUCUGCGGUUUGGGCGGCUGGUGCUGAUUCGGCUAGUAUGUUGUCAAGAGGAGAGGUUGACUCACGAGGUUUUAAUAUUAACCAAGCUGCUCCGCCUCAAGCUGGACUUUUGACCAGCACUCGGGACGUCGAAAGGAGUUCGAGCGCGAGUGGCGGUUUUGUUCCCAGCGUGUCCACCGCUUAUUCCAGAAGUAGCAAAAAUCCCGGAUCCGGAUCCGGUCCCCCCCGCGAACAAGAAGGCGAGCAGCCCCAAGGUCGUCGUGAAGAAGAGCCAGUGUUUGUCGAGAAGAAUUUGUCGAAGAAUUCAUCAGUUAUUUUCCCGAACAUUUUCGAUUCGCUUCAAGGUGGUCACCAACAGCGAGACUUGGAGCAGUUCUAUGAAGGAUGUGGCAGCUCCACCUCCGGCCUGCUCUCAUUGCUGUCCUCUCCGAUGGCCGGCUCUGUGGACAGUGGGGAACGAUUCGCGGCGGUUUCAUAUAGUAGUUCCUCUCAUCUGGAACAGCAGCUGCAGCAGGAGCAGCUGGCACGUAGUAUGAAUAUUAAAGCUCCUACUUCCGCUAGCACAACACUACAGGGGGACCUCCGCGUCGUGAUGGGGCAGCCAACUACUGUUGUUCCUGGUGUCGAAAAUAACGACCUGUGUUGCAAUCGGGUCGUCGACGAGGAGAAACGGAAGCAAGUGGCGGAAUUAGAGAAGCUACUCAAAGAAGAGGUUUUGAAUCUGAAGAUUGCAACGACAUCAGCAAAUUUUGUUGAGAAGCCAACUACCGAGCAGGGCGUUUUGAAAAUAGCAGCGGACGAUCAUAAUUCUGGAGGAGGCACCACCUCAAGCACCAGAACGGGCGGCAGCGGGUCUGCCACCGCUACUCCUGCUGCGGCUUUCGGCACGAACGGAGGAGGAGGACCUGAAAGUAUUCUUGCAAUAGGAGGUCGUGGAGGUGGAGCAGCACUCAAUCAGGAUGAAUCUUCUCCGGCGCUGCAUGAGGACAACAUCAACAACCUCUCAACAUCCUCGGACAUUUCACCCAUGAUUGGUGCGCACCACCAGCAAGAAGGCAGUUCCCACAUGACCCACAAUGCAAAUGAAAAUUCCGGGACCACGUCGUCGAAAGGCGGAGAAGGCAGUGUUGCAGCAGCACCGGGAACAACCACGGGCAAGAAGGGCGCUCCGAGUUUACCAAUUUAUCCGUCAGGAAAAAAGGGGCCGCCGACAACCCCGGGUGGGAAGAUGAUGAAGCAGGGAAACAACUCUAAAGACCACGGCAAGAACGAUGUUUUCAAUCGCAAGAAUUAUUAUCCACCUCGGAACAGCAGCUGCUAUAAGGGCACCGGCACCCCAAGUAGCCGGUGCGCAAAACAGUCACCGUUUCUAGGCGUGUCGUCGCAACAAUUAUACCAGCAAACGUUUCAUCAUCCGGGAACAAGCGCUGGUUUCUACAACAUCAACACCAUCAACAACUUCCCGUAUAGUAAUUACGCCGCCCAGCACUACGGUCAUGUUGCAGCUCCCGAUAUCAGUGCUAGCGCACCAUCGUCGUGGCACUAUUACAAUAAUUUUCCCUUAACUGCUGCCAGCAGCGAGAACUUUUACCUGCAGCAGUCGUGCUCUACAACAAGUCCCGGAGGUGGAAUAAGCCCUGAUUACUAUUUUGGGCAGUACAACAACAGCACUUCUCAGCUCGGAGUAGAUGUGUCGCCCAUGGUGCUAUCAUCCGCCACUGCUCCGACGUUCCCUCUAGCAGGAGCACGAGUUCCUUCCCACAGCUAUAAAGGCGGCAGCCACGGCAAGAAAGAUUCCACUGCGAAUCAGUUUUUGGGGAAAGGCAACAACUGCUCAACUGCAUCCCGGGCGAAGCAAUCAAAGUCAUCUUCGAAGAUGAAUUGUGACAAAAACUAUGCAGCGGCGAAGCCGCACGAUCGGACAAUGAUCGAGCAAGAUUUAUUGUGCAAUACUGCGCUGUACAGCGGCCACGACGGUGCGGACCCCUAUGGGCAACAUCCACCUUCGAUGCCGAACUACUGCGCCGCGACUGGCAGCAGUGCAAGUGGCCUUUAUCAAGAACAAUCUGGCACGGCCCCCGUUAGCGCCUCUCGCAUUUGCUUGGCCGCACAAGAGUACUGCGAUCACAUGGUUAGACAUGGUGGAGCGGCAACACCCGCCCACAACAACGGAGGUUCCUACGCCGGCAGCGUUGCCAAUUGCAGUAACCAGGUCACGCCCUACCGCGGGCCGGUGAAUAGCGGGGCGGCGGGGGACGUGGAUGAUAAUCCUGCGGGAGUACUAGAUCAUGAUGCUGCGGAUGGAGAGGAUGUUGUGUACGACCAGUUUGGAAAUGUUUUGAAUUAUUACGACGAAGACGCCCACGAACAGACCGGAAGAUCAGCUGCGGCACAAAAAAGCCCAUUCUUUCGACCAGAAAUUAUGAAAAAUAUGUUUGCGCCAGCUUUCAACGUUAGUAGUACGACCAAUAGUACAACAAACACAGCUAGUACUAGCACGGCCAACUACGCCAGUGUCGCGAUAGCGGCAGCUCCGAGAGGAAAUAAAUCCCGGCGGAAAGAAUCUUAUGGACAAGGGAGUAUUGCGAGUACCAGCCGCAGGGGAAAAAGCACGGCUCGGAGUUCUCGUUCUGAGAGAAUCAGAGGGACAAAUUAUGUCUCCUCGAGAACAUCAACUGCCACCGUGGAGCCGAUUGCGAUCGGCAAGAAGGCUAGCGGUAGCGCGAUCGUGCAGCAGAACAAUGUGUCCCAGCACUCGAAAGGUGGCAAUCAGCAAAAUCACAUCGGGACGUCGAGUGGGACGAGCAACGGGAAAGGAUUCUUGGGAGGGCAGAAGCAAAAACCACACAAGGCUCCGCCGGGUCUUGGGUAGCUGUGAUAACGCCGAACAUGUGAAGAUCGAGUAGUAUUUAGAAGUAGUACCGGAAGUGUUUAUUUUUCGCAAAGCGUCGUGGGCGCGCCGGAAUUAUAUGCGGUGAUAUAAUUACAGUUUCGAUUUUUUUUUAUCAAGCUGUACCUGCAGUAGGUUGGCGUUUCAGAAAUUUCAUGUAACAUUUUUUUACCUGUUUGCGACGAUACUGGGUUUUUCAAACUAUUUCGGGGGAACUUGCCAUCAUACAUCAUAAAGAAAAAACUUCAAUCACCUAUCAAGCACUCGGCUACGGUACCAUAGCAACACUUGGAGAUCCUUGUCUUAUUUCACAUAAGUAUUAGUUGGAGGUGGCGUAAUAUUCUUGGGAGCUUUUUUUCUUUAUUACAAGCGGACGUGCUUUUCAAAACCAAAAGCAUUUUGAGUUGAAAACCAUAUAGGUACACGGGUGUACCCGUCACAUGUAUAAUGCUAUGCGUAAAUAAUAGCGACCCGCUCCUAUAUCAGUGUGAAGAACAAAGCCAAGGCUAGGGCAGAUAGGGGGCAUUGCUGGGAAGGAAAGUAUGAGGCUAAGUGUAUCUAGUCCAGGGAUGGAUCAACAUAGAAGUACUAGCUUUCUUCCGCCGGCGCUUAAGGUAGAAAGUAACAUAGAAGAUCUUUUAGUUUUAAAGAUAAAGAAAAGGCAGUGAUGGUUUUGAAGGAAAAGAAAGCAAGAGUAAGGAUGUUUUGCUCGCGCUAUCGUAGCCCUCAGCUCUUCACGCGGAAACGCAAGAGACCACGGCGGCACCCUCUCAGUUUGAGCUGCGAGCAGCGCUCUUUCUUUGUCGUGAAACGGUGUAUUUCCGUACCAAAGCCUUUAGCGAUAUUGCAAUACAUAGAUCGAGCUUCUCAGCAGAUUUCUAUUCGGAGCAGGUAGGAGAAAUUAUCAAGGUUUGAUGUUGGUAGAAAAGAUGGCGCUACCCAUACACUGUAGGAUGGCUUGCACGAACUUCAGGGGAGAAACAAUAAAAUGGGAUGACACUAUCCACAUUUUUUAGAAAGACACAAAGACAGGAAUGAAACGAAGUAGGUCUUUCCAUACAAAGUCAAAGUGAUAGAUUUCGAUGACCUGUCGGAUUUGCACUACCCAUGCCUGCACACCCACACGUAAACAACCCAAAAAAGAACCAAUUUGUAAAGUGG